AUGAGCUCUUCUACCAACAAUCAACAUCUCCCAACAACCUCAUCCUCCGACCUACCUCCCCAGCAGACCGCGACUGCCCCUCACCUCGACCCGAACGCUCAAUUGGCGAAUAAUGGAUACGCGCCAAACGAUAACCAGCUUGCUGGCUUAGUUGAGGCAGCUACGGCCGCCGCAGACCAGGAUGUAUCGCAAUGGGCUGCCGCCGCCGCAGUGGCAGCAGCAGCAGGCGCGGCCGGUCAUCAUCACCAGCUGGACUCCUACACAGAUAUGGAUCUCUCUGAAAAUGGAUUCGGCGAUGCGAACUUCGGAGCUGGCUUGGGUAGCGGAAGACACAUGAGAGUACCCAGUCACACAGAUCAUCCCCAGCCCACGGGCCUUACACGAACGGCGACAAAGAAGCGCAAGAGAAAUGAUGACAAUCUCGACCCCGCCUUGGCUGCGGCGGGUCUCUCCGCCUCCCAGCAUCAGUCGCACUCCGCACAGCAACCACCGCAUGGCUACACUGGAGAGGGUAUGGAAAUGCGCCCCGAGCAGCAACAGCAGCAGCAGUCCCUAUCAGAUGCUCGCGCCGUCGGUAUUCAUUCUGCCGCGGCAUUGUUCCGCCAGCCUUCCAGCAAUAAGAAGUAUACACGGCCUCCCAUUUCUAAGAUGUUUUCGUCUCUUGAGAUUUCGCCAGAGAACUUCUUACAUCUUCAGGCUGCUGCUAAGAAUUACAUGUUGAACGAUGAACACCCUGAGAGACGGGAUUGUGUUGGCCAGCGUGGGAAGGGGGAUACGGAAAUGGUUAAGCUUCGACUUUGGAAUUGCGUGCGUCAAUUUCUCGAAGCCGAGGGAAAUGGUGAACGAUUCUUCGGAGAAAAUGUCGUUAAUGAGGGUAUGGGGCCAAGAUCCUACAUCUGGCCCCGUGAUCAGCACAAGAUCAUUUCGUUGGUCAUUCCUUUGCUAAGACGGAUGGUCACAAACGAAAGGCAACGCCAAUAUGCCAUUGAGACCCGCAAAGGGGGCGGCGCCGAAGAGCGCCGUCGCCGCAAAACCGACGAGUUCCCCAAUUUGAACAGUCCGCGGUUUUCCCCAGACCAGCAAAUGCAAAUACAACAUCAGAGCCCCCAUCGCGACGAUAUGUCGCAGUCAAUGCCUCCUCCUCCUCCACAGCCAAUGCAGCAACCAACAAUGGAAGCACCUCAGCCCAUGAACCUCGGCUUGACAGAACUUUUCCUGGACGGAUACACAGUCGACUGGGAAGAAAUUGCACGAGGCUACGAUACAUAUAACGAAAAUUUUGAACUCGAUAAUUUGUGGUCCCUCUCGGGUCUUCAGCAACCCGAUUGGCGGGGGUUUGUCGCAGCAGUGGAUAGCCAUUACCACGUCGUUCACAGUGGAGGAGACUACGACUGUCCUCCCGUUUGCGAGGACGAGAACAUCAACCGUAUCAUUCACGCGGAGACCACCUCAGGCCUCCAGUGGCGCAUUGGCGGAACCCGCAACAUCCCCGCUAGGGAUGAAUUCGCAAGCAGCAUCGCCCGCGACGUCUCCCGCAUCAUCCGCGAGAACCUUGCCACGCGGCACGGCCACCAAGCUCAAAAUCCCGACUCCCACUUCCACCAACCCUUCGACCCUCUCCCAGAUCCAAAACCAGCGGGUAAUGCACCCAUCCCAUCCAACAGCCAGGGCCAAACCUCCCUUCGCGUCAACAUACUACAUAACGGAAAGCGCAUUCUUCCUCGGUUUGAUCUGCCAGCAGGCCAAUGCCCCAACAUUGAUACUGUCAAGCAGGCAAUUCUUCGCCGAUAUCCAGGCCAAAUCCCCGGCUUGCCGGCCUUUCAGGUCGCAGGUGUUCUCAAUACUGCAGCGCAUGAGGGACGUGAAUCUGCCAUUGCAGCUGAGUGGAAAGUCAAAGUCUGGUUACCAGAUGGACUGCUAUCAGUACAGAGCCAGAAGGAUUGGACUAUUGCGGUACUUUCGGCCGAUGCAGUUGACUGGAUGGAUGGACAAUUGAAGGUUCUUGUGGAGGUUGAUGACGGGGAGCAGCAACAUUAG